AUGAAUUUUUUUUCCUUUUUUAAUUCAGAUAAUUGCCGCGUACUGGCGUUUCCGAGUUAUUUCCUAAUUGCUGACAAGUGUUUGGAGAGCCACACGAUCUUAAUUGUCCAACAUGUCCAAGAUAUCGGUCUUUGUAAACUGCUUUGUUACAAGGAACCAAACUGCGUCAGUGUGAAUUACGAGAUACAAACACAAAAACGAUGUGAACUGAACAAUUCAACACACCGAGCGCACGAUGCAGACUUUAAAGAGAGGGAAGGUUACUUAUAUCAUGGAGCAACUGUAAGAUUUUUGUGUUCUCUUUUCUUGUCUUUUUUUCUUUUAUGAUCUGCUUUCAUCAUCUUCAAGGCCAUGGAUCAUUAUCUCAUCAUAGUCAUCAUAAUAACAAGGGACGGCAUCUUCGUCAUUAAGAGUGAACGUCUCUUUAAAAAAAGUUAACUCAGGCUGUUUCAAAAUUCAUCGCUCUUUUUCCAUGUCGCGAUUUCUCAAAAUUGUUGGUGAAUCAGUUCGGGUGUUAAUUUCUAAAGGACUGUAUCCAAGUUAAAAAAAAAAGAAAAAAGAUAUAGAAAUCGUUGUCCAGAAACGUGAAAUUAGGCAGGUCAUGAAACGACACCAACGAAAUGCACAAUUAAGCUUAAUCCAAGCGCAAAGUUUUUCUUUUUAAAUUUGGUAAACUAAACCUAUUUGCUUUUUCGACGUUUUCGUUGUUUAAGCUCCCUAUUAUCAUCAUCAUCUUGGUAAUAAUUAUCAUUGUCAUCAUCAUAAUUCUCAUCAUUAUCGUCAUCUUCAUCUUGUAGUUUAUACUUGACGCUCGAUCAUGAAGGUUUGGCGUAACUUCUGCUACAAGUCAGACCUGAUCUGAUGAUUUUUUUUUUCUUUAAAGAGUGCUUGUGAUAAUGCCCGUUGCUAUAACAACAGUACCUGUCAGUCUGGAUUCACAGAGAAAAAAUAUCGGUGUUUAUGUCCUUCUGGUUUCACUGGUGAACACUGUGAGAAUGGUAAGUUGUUCUUGAAAGUUUCUUUCUUUUUUCUUUUCAUCCAGACCCUUAGAUAAGUAGGGGCCCGGUCUCCAAAAACAAAAUUCUUCAGCUUGGUCUAAAAAUAGGGGGGAGGGGUGAGCCCCUUCCCUGGAUCUGCCACUGCAAAUCUCUAUAAAUUUGGGUAACACAUUUCGGUGGAUAUCUCGUAUACCAAACAUUCCUCUGACCUGAAUCUUGCUGAGGGUCUUUGCAUUCUUUUCUUCGUUUAUUUCCCAGAUUCUAUACUUUAUCUCAGUGAACGGUUUUGAGUUUUAUUUUGAUCUGUUUUGAACGGCGUGACACUGAAAACCAGCAAUACCUCUAUGCUCUUUGCAAGGAAGUUCAUUUGAUUGAGCUCGCGAGGGGCGGGAAGACUUCCAUAAAAAAUGCUCGUCAGAAAUUAGUAUUUUAGGAAACUAACCGGGGCGUGGCCUUUUGCUCUUAGCUGUAAUUGACCCCUUAAGAAGACCAUGUAUCAAGAAAGUAUGACGGCAUUUGAUUUUUAUAUAUAUAUAUAUAUAGACAUUUCUUUAGAAAAAACCCCAAACUCAUCCUCUCUAGCCCUCAGCGAUACCUUAAUGGGUUAAGUGUGACCAAAAUUGGUACGUUUUACCCCCAGGGGAAGCGACGAGCAUCUACGUCACAUUCAUACGGGAGUCCCCCAACCCCCGGGCUCGAGCUUCUAAGUCUAAUGGGAACCGAUGAAAUCGGGUUGUAGAUAUUUUUUGAUAACUCACCGUGAACCCAGCUAAGGGCUAAAUUCAGUUUUAACUAAAUAAAUUUUCGACGGAACAUAAAGUUGUGAUGACAAGAACAAGAAUGUCAAAUAUCGAAACUGUGGGUCCAACCAUAAUCGUUUGCUGAAGAUGUCAGAAGUCUUAAUUUUCUCAUAACUAAUUAAGUUCAUAAGUGAAGGUGAAAAACAAAAACAAAAACCAAAAAAAGCAAUUCAACAAUAAGUCAAUGUCUUAACAGACAGAGAACCAGUCUAUUUUUGCUUUGGAUUCGACACCAGUGUUUUGGCUUGCUACUUAUAUGUUACUUAUAUGUUACUUAUAUGUUACUAUCUUCCAGCAACCUCUUCUCUUGAUUUCACUGUAAUAAAUUUGUUUCUGUUAUUGAUCAAUAUAAUUUCAGACAUCAAUGAGUGCAAGGAAGGAUCCCACAAUUGCAGUUCUAAUGCGGUUUGUAAUAACAACUGCACAUGUAAACCAGGAUAUGAAGGGGACGGAAAUCAUUGCACAGGUAAUUUCUUUCUUAAGCUUGGUCAUUUUGUAUGCCUUCGAAGCAUUGCUGCUUUUAUUUUUCCGUAGUAAAAUGAUCUUUAUAGCAAUUACUUGUCAGAUAGUUGACUAUAUCACCUCAGUCAAAAUUUUAAGCGGAAUGUUUUAAAACGCUUGGUACAGUGCGUACCUUGUAUUUUCAAUGUUUUGUCGACCUUCCCCCACAAGAAUCUUCAUUUUUAAAGGAGGUGAGAUUUUAAUGGAAGAAGAAGAAGUAGAAGGAAAAGGACGUCAAUGACCGGCAUCAGAAACUUUGCUUUUUUUCCUCGUGUAUUUCUUUUCAUACUACAAACUAAGCUUGCCAUUGUUUAAUAUGAUUUCAGACAUCAAUGAGUGUAAUGCGGGAACUCACAAUUGUAGUUCUAAUGCGUUUUGUAAUAACACCAAAGGAUCCUACAACUGCUCUUGUAAGCCUGGAUAUAGGGGAGAUGGAUGGACCUGUACAGGUAAAUGAUGGUUUUGGAGAAUGAAGAAAGGUAUCGUGACAAACAGGUGAUGGCUGCAGUAAAGUUGGAAGUAAGACAGCUCCUAUGGAAAUUAUAAGUGCCAAUAGGACCCUCGCUAACAAAUAAUUUUAAAAAAAUGAAACUUCAGGCCAAGAUAAGGUAUAAUAGACCUUGUCGCGGUUUUCGACGCCAUCUUGACGAGUAGGCUAACGUGUGAGAAAUUACAGUGUUUGUAUGAGAAUCUAAUGUCGAUUAAUUUCCGUAAACGGCUGUUCUAAAACAAAUGUCAAUUGUAAACUAAGGCUACAAAGCAAAGGAUUGUCUUAAAAAAUUUGGGAGGCGUACCUGUGCUUAAAUUUCUCCAGAGGCUUGCUUGAGAUUUUCCAUAUAUUUGUCUGUAAUUUUCCCGUGACUUUCUUACAGACAAUUGUAUAGAAAAUUUUUAAAAGUGGUUCUAGGUCUUCUAGUGCAUGUAACGCCCUCAAUAUCUUUCAGUAGAAUCCUUAGGAGUGAAGCUUUAGUUUACAAAUCAUAUUUUUUUCAGAACAGCCGUUCUAGGGAAAUUAUUAUUCGACAUUUCAUUCUCAUACAAACGCUGUAAUUUCUCACGCGUUUGCCGACUCUUGUGUCAAGAUGGCGUCGAAAACCGAGACCGAGGCCGUGUUAUCCCGUUUUCCUGUUCAUCGGAAUGGACAUUUUGCCUUUACGUCCUAAUUAGUACAACAGUCAAUACAAAAUGGCCACAACAUGUUGGUCACAUGAUCAGUGUUCAUGUGACCUAAAGUAGUCACCAUUUGGCAAAGACAACGAUGUUGAUGCUGUCGAAACGUCUAUUUAAAAAGAUUCACCUUGUUUAAUAAAUCACUUUUUUUUUUUCAACAUACACUCAGUGUAGCUAAUAUCGUUAUCUUACUUCUUACAGCUUCAACGUGCAAGGACAUUUAUGUUUAUGACAGGACUUUGUAAGUACAAGCGAUAGAAAAUAACUUGAUAAAAAGACACUAAACCAAAUUCUAAAAUAUAUUUUUUAAAAUCUCUGAGGGUUCCAAAAUAAAAUUGCUAAAAUUUCUUCUUAAUUUUCUCCACUAAUUGGCAAGUUAAAUACAGGAAAAUCGGGGACGUCAACGUUGAGAAGAUUAUCUGGAUUCAGAACAAAAAAUGGAAAUUGCUAUAAAGUCAGUAAGAAAAUAGCAACCUAAUUAAAAAGAGGAAAAUAGCAGUAAACCAAAUACUUAAGCCAUACUCGUGUUCAACACCGGAGGUCGAAAAUAAAACAACAAAAUAAAAAAGAAGGAAAGAAACUGAAUGAGUUUAUUCAGGAGUGUUCGCCACUGUGGUCAAGACAAUUACAGCCUUUUUUGGAGUCAGUGAAAUGUACUAAAUCUCUGAACUAUAUAUAAAAAUUGGAGUUCCUGAUGUUUAGAUUAGACCCUGAACAUAUUACAGAAUCACUGCGAAUAAAACCAUUUUCAUAAGAUUGUAAAAGGCAAUCAGUGAAGAAAGUCGAUUGUCUCCCAUAGUGUCAAAUGUGUGCGCGACAUAAGCAUGCAAGUUUCAAAUGUCAUCCCUUCACUUCUAACGACCCGUUCAAUUAAUCUCCUUCGUACAUAAUUUUUUUGUGAAUAAAGGAGUUCUACCUACUUAGUAUUCUAAAAAACCUUACCCAAUAACGUAACUGUUACAUAAAAACAAAAUAUGUGAUACAAACCAGACGCACUUCUUUAUUUAUAGGGUUAUAUAUAUAUCGCGCAUUCCUAGCCUUUUUGCAGAACAUUUUGCAACGUCGUUGCAGAUUCUUCAGCUCAACUGCGGCGAUCCCGACCCGACUCCAAAACAUAUUCCCAUACCCAUAACAAAGAAAACCACGCAUAAUUCUAGAUUCGCCAGAUUUCUUAAGAAACUAGUGUGCUCUAACAAAAAGGAGAAAAAUAGCUAUGUCAUUUUGAAUGAACUUAGCCAUUUUGGUGGCUUGUUUGUUCAGGGCCAAAGAAAACAAAGCGUACUUGCUGGAUGUUGGGUCUACCAAGGUUCCCGUAUACUGUCACAUGAGCGAGCAUGGUCUUGAUACAUGCAGAGGAGGUGGAUGGACGCUGGUCAUGAAGAUCAAUGGCUCAAAGGUAUUAAAAGUUAAAUGUUCAAAAGCUGAUUAACUACGUGGUCGCUCGUCAACAAGCUUUUUUAUUACUCCCCCUGUUAAGGUAAACUUUUAAUGCUAGAUCAAAAUGCAGACUAGUAGAUGAAAUAUAUAUUCAGCUUGAGACAAAGUAUGAACAAGGAAAUGACAGCAGUAAUAGACUAGACAAGUGAGCUAAGGCAAAGGCGUUCUUGAGGGACACACGUCAACUGGAAAUGAUACCUUUUCCCUUUUAUUAUGCCUUAACGCUACCAAAUUUUUAUUGCUUAGUGUGUUGACUCAAACAGAGACGGUUUGCCCGAAAAUUUCGGCAAAACUACCGCCCAAGAAUGCAAAACGUCAGGGGCACCCAACGAGAAGAUAGUUCAAACCACUUAGACAUAGUAUUGUUAAACGUAUUUUAGUAUUUAAACGGUAGAAAUAGGCAUAUUUUUAUCACCUAGAAAUUUUUCAUCUGUUCGGAUUUCCUAGCUGAAAGUCUAGUGAUCCGAAAAUUAUAGGGAUCAAAACUUACCUUUUCGAAAAUUUCAGAUAGAAAAAAGGCUCCCGAAAAUUCUAGGUGACCUUUUAAGGGAAAAAAUCCGUUAAAAAUGGGCAAUUAUACCAUUUUUUAGAUGUUCAAAAAUCCUAGGAGAGGCAGGCAAGCAAAUUUUACAACAAAUGUUCAGAAAUUCUAGAUUGCAAAUCGUCAUCCGAACAGAUAUUUUCCGAAAAUUUUUGUUGGGUGCCCCUGAACGUCGCUCAUCUUUGCUUAAACUCUCCAGUGAGACAGACCAACUGAAACGACUCGACCUAGCUUUCCGACCAUAUUUCAGUGCCCAAACAUGUAUAACAGCAAACUGAUCAACUACUUUUUGUUCCAAAUGCACCCAGAAAACGUUUUACUACAAUUCCAGUCUCUGGAGGAACAAAGUCGACUUUAAUCUUACAGGAGGGGAGACUGGGUUGGACACUCACGAGACCAAGUUACCGACUUAUUGGAACACACCGUUUAACAAGAUCUGUCUUGGAAUGAAGGUCGAUCAGCAGUUCAAGUCUGUUGUCAUCAACUAUCAAGCCAGAUCCCUGUAUUCACUGAUCGCAGAUAACAUAUACCGAAAUACUUCACUGGGCCGUAACACGUGGAAGAAGCUCAUUUGGUCUCAGGCCUCUUUGCAAACCAAAUGUAACAAGGAAGGAUUCAACGUUCUAUGUCACGGCAGCAGCCCCUCCAAAGCGAGAAUUGGUAUCGUUGCUAACAAUGAAGAUGACUGUGAAAGCUGCGACUCCAGAAUCGGGUUUGGCACUGGAGGGUAUUAUGAUGAUUCCAACACGUGUGGCAAUGAAGCUACUUAUGAAGCAGAUAAUGGCAACCGGCACAUAAAAGCCAUGGGAUACAUCUUGGUCCAAUAA